GCUAACGGUGGGCUUUCUAUGCAAACAGUUAUCUAUCGCCCGACCGCCACAAUCUGUCGACAUAUAGUGAUAACGAUAUGUUUCGGCAAAUUGACAGAGUUGCUCUCAGCUCGAUAAUAUUGCGUGGGGGGUAGUGAUUAAAAAGUUAAUAAUAAACAACAAAUGAACAUGCUGAUGCCGCCAGCAGCAAAACGAGCAAAACAAACAGCGCAUUUAGAAUUGGAUGAUGUUUAUGGCAUAAAAGCCUUGCUUUCGGAUGAGUACAAAAAGGAUAUAACGCUCAUCAAGGUGCACAGCUGUCAACUGGAGUCCAAACAACAGUUGCAGGCCGUCAUACAGGAGUUGGCCCAGAAGCUGCCGCAUUUUCAGCAUUUAAAACGUGUUCAUGACAGAAACGUGCUAAUAUGUCCAACAGCAGACAUCAAGGACACAUUGGAGCUGCAUCUUAAGCAGCAUCAGAUAUCGGACAAUGUGCUGCAAGCACUUUGCCGCAAUGUCAAUGUGGUGGAAGUUCCCGCCAGCAGCGCCAAGCUGCGUGUGCAAUACGAUCAAAUGAUUAAAUACUGGCCCUGCAAAUUUCAUCCGGACAAAUAUGCCGAAUCCCUGCAAAACGGCAGCAAUUUCACAGUCAGUCAACGGCUGUUCCACAAACGAAUGGCUCAACUGUUGCGUAGCCUGUCCAAGGAUCUGAAUGAGGAUCAGCCCGUUGCCAUCUGUGUUGAUCCUCGCCAGCCUAGCAUAGUUGCCAUUGCAGGCAGCAACAGCGAUAGCUCCCAUCAACAUUGCGUGAUGUGGCUGGUGGAUCAUGUGGCACGCAGUCAGCAGGGUGGUGCAUGGCAGUCCCAGCUAGACUUUGUGCAGGACAAGCAGAACACAAGGAGAACAUUGCGAGGCCUGCCUCAGACAUAUUAUGAUUACUUGCAACGACAUGAACACUGCCAGGAUUUGCAAUAUGGAGCAGAGCUGCCAAGACGUGGCUACAGUGAGCAGUCAACGGAUGAUCAAGUGACGUCAGCCGAUAAUGAUAAUCUUAGCAAGUACGGGCCAUAUUUGUGUACUGGCUACGAUAUCUAUUUACUCCGCGAGCCUUGCCUCAUGUGCUCCAUGGCCUUGGUGCACAGUCGGGUUAAAAGAAUCUUCUUUUUGGAGCAGUCGGAGAAUGGGGCAUUGACAACGAGUUUCCAGCUGCAUUCAGUAAAGGAAUUGAAUCACCACUACGAGGUUUUUCAGUUUACAACGUGACUAUUUUAACUUAACAAACAUUUUGUUUAAUGCACAAGAAAAUAGAUUUAAUUUCAUAGCAAUGUA